AUGUUAUGUCUAUUACAGUUUCGAAAGAGAUGUCCGAGAAACAAAGGAGGAAUAAUAUGGUACGACCAAUGUUUUCUUGAUGUGAGUAUAAUCAAUGAUCAUGUCCCAAGACGGAUGAACUUCGAGAAUACUUUUUCUAUGCACAACCCAAAAAACGCGAGAGGGAAUACAAACUCAUUCAACAAAAAGACAACUGACUUGCUCUGUAACUUAAUUGUAAAAGCUGAUAGACCUGACGUGGACGGCCUCAAUUUUCUAUAUUACUCUGCCGGGGAAAUUAGACUUGGGAAGCAAACAUUGUAUGCAAUGGUUCAGUGUGCGAAAGACAUAUUAAGUUGUAAGAAUUGUUUGGAGUGGAGUAUCAGGGAGCUUUCUAAGUGCUGUGAUGGUAAACAAGGAGGGAGAGUUUUGAGUACGAAUUGUAAUCUUAGGUACGAGCUAUACCCUUUUCUUAGGACUUAA